AUGAUUCAGCCUUUCAUCGUCAACAUCUCUGCAGAUUGGUACAUCAUUAUGGAGAGCAGAAACAUGGACAUGUUCCUCAUCCCCACGGUUCUGCUAACCUCCGUCACAAUGCUAGUCAAUCCCGUUCUAUCCCUCUGCGUACUCUGUUUUCCUUCGCUACGUCAAGAAACCCGCUAUCUGCUCCUCGCUAACGUCCUUUUCGCUGACAUGCUCUUCCUCACCGUAAACCUGUCGAUAGUGUCCUGCAAUUCGGUGGGCCUUCACUUGCCCGCCCCUCUGUGUGAGUUUAUGAUGGUUAGCAUGGUAAUGACAUAUAGUGCAUCUGUACUCACCGUCACACUGAUGGUCGUCGAUACGUACGUAGCGGUACGUUGGCCUCUACGUUACAAAGAGAUUCUCCCGCCAUCCCGGGCCAGGAAGAUCAUUAUGAGCAUGUGGGUGAUUGCGGCUGUGUGUCCGGUUUCACUAUUGGUGAUGUUUGAGGUGGUGAUGGGAAAGGACCAGCAGAGCCGGCCGGUGUGUUUGGUGUUGAUCGCUUUGCACUCGUUGGAAGAGAAGCUGAAGGUUGGCGUUCCUCUGUACUUUAUUAUCGCCGUCAGCCUCUGCACUGCUCUCAUCUUAUACUGCUACAUCCAUCUCUACAUCAUCACCAGGACUUCCGGGAUAUGGCGAAGUCGGUAUUCGAGGGCUCGUAUGACGCUUUUGGCGCACACUUUGUUACUCAUCAUGUAUUUUGUUCCUGCUUUGGUUUUUGCGGUUGAGUUGGCUCUGUUAAAGAGAGAAGCCAAGGAUGAUUUGGGAGUUUGGAUUAACUUGGUGAACAUGUGUGUGUUGAUGCUUCUGCCGCGCUGUUGCACGCCUUACCUGUACGUCCUGCGCUAUCGGGAGAUUUACAAGACCGUCCAGCAGGUGUUGUGGAAAACCAGACAUCAGAGCCAGAGGAGUGCGGCCUAG